UGAAACCAGAAGUUCUCAGAGCGCAGUUGUUGGCCAGCCAGUCAGAUGCCGUGUGAGCAAAUAUCUUGAACGCCGGAGCACAGCGAAGACGGCAGACGGCAGACGGCGGGGGGACAGGACGGGACGGGACGGGACGGAAGGAGGCUUGCUAGAAAAAACGCAGCAGGCGGGGGGGUGGGGACGCUCUUCCUCGCGGUUCUCUUCGGGCCCAUUUUUCCUUCUCAUUUCCGCAGAUUUUCACCCAGCAGCUGCAACAAAAUGGAUGUUCUCCCCAUGUGCAGCAUCUUCCAGGAACUUCAAAUAGUUCACGACACGGGCUAUUUCUCCGCCUUGCCGUCACUGGAGGAGUACUGGCAGCAGACCUGCUUGGAGUUCGAGCGCUACCUGCAGAGCGAGCCCUACGUCUCCACCUCCGACCUGAAGUUCGACAGCCAGGAGGACCUCUGGAGCAAGUUGAUCUUGGCCUGCGGGGAGAACGCCGACCCCAAGCUGCCCCCGGCGGCCCACGAGGAGGACAAUCACGACAGCCCCAUUUUCGACGCCAGCAGCGUGAACUCUGAUGCCAGCAGCGAAGCGUCGGACAGUUCCGAGGAGCUCUCGCCCACGCACAGCUUUACCUCCAACCCCCUCGGCUCGGCCUUGGUAGGCUCUGGACCUUUCAGCCCGUCCGUCAUCAGCACACCGCCGUCCUCGCCGGAGGCCACCUCGGAGUCCGGCGGCGUGGUGAGCGGCUGGGUGGGCUCGCACGGCGACUUGCACUUGCCGGCCAAAAUCAGGAGCGGCGGCAACGGCGUGUCGAAGAGUUCGGAAAAGACGGGCAUGCCUUGCGGGGACGUUUCUCCAGACGGCAGGAGGAGAAUACACCGCUGUCAGUUCAACGGCUGUCGCAAGGUCUACACCAAGAGCUCCCACCUAAAAGCACACCAGCGCACUCAUACAGGUGAGAAACCGUACAGGUGUUCAUGGGAAGGCUGCGAGUGGCGUUUUGCACGGAGCGACGAGUUGACCAGACACUUCAGGAAGCACACCGGGGCCAAGCCAUUCAAAUGCAGUCACUGCGACAGAUGUUUCUCCAGGUCCGACCACCUGGCUCUUCACAUGAAGAGGCACGUCUGAAGCCGGGGCGAGCACCAAAACCAGGGCAGCGCAGCGGAGGGCAAAAGUUGUUUUCUUUUUCGGUUGUUGUUUUUUUGUAAAAGGCGGUGAGGGGAAAAAGGGGGGGGGGCAAACAAGCGCCGCUCCGACCUUGGUCUGGUGGUCGACCUUGUCCCAGAGAGCAGAGUGCUUUCCAGCCAAAGCAUGCUGUUUUGCACCAUACUGGAAGCCAGGACCUCUCUGGAGUGGAGGGGCGCCCUGAAGCUGGACAAAGUCGUCAAGGAGAGGAAGCGAGCGUUUUUUUGAGGUGGAAAAAAAGAAGAAGAAGACGGACUGAGUGGUUUUGUGCGCGUGGUGCAUGAUGUUGUGGGACAGCAGAUACACUGGUACUUGGCAAAAACUCAUCUGAGGUGAGCGCGAACACACUGUGAAUGUCAAGCCCCGCCUCCUUCCCGGAAGAACACUCUGGAAGGAAGGAGGAGGGAUAGCGGGAUGUCCCGAGGGGGGCGGGCACCGUGGACUGAGCGGGCUUUUCUCGGGGAGGCGUUCCUGCCAUGUCUCCCCAGUGCCAGUUUGUCUGGCACCCGGACUCGGGGGUGGAGGACACACCCCCUGCCCCCCUCCCCAAAUGUUUGAGAGCGAAGAAAAUCACGUCAACCCCCCACGGUCAUCCCCCCCCACCCCCCACAGUCACUGUAUGAGAGGAGUUACUUUUUGUUUUGGUGCAGCUACUAAAUGUGCAAUGUGUUCUUAUUUUUUGUACCAGCCCCAAAGCGUCCUUUGUAGUCCAGGUGGCUCGGAGGUGGACUGGACUAUAAUGUCAGUAUCAUAGACAGGUGUUGCAUGGUCCUAGGGGUUCUACGUUUCCACUUUCCACUAUAAUCAGGACUGCAGAUACUUUGAAGAGAAGUGCAGCUAAAAGAUGUUACAAUGUUGUACAUAAAGCCUUGAUUUUCCUUUGGGGGUUUUUGGAACUGAUUCCUCCGCAUUCCUGUGCUCAUUUCACCACUGCUUGCUCUUUCUCAUCCGUCUUAUGCCUUGGGGUGGCCAUUUUUUGUACUUUGUGUCUAUCCAAAUCUAAUAAUGCACUGUUGACCUGAAUGGUGCCUUAUGCAAAGGGCGGCGGGUCGCUCCCCCUCGGUCUUUUGGGCGAUCUCGACACGCUGGAUCAAGGCUCAAUUACACACGUUUGUUCCUCUAAAAGGUUCAUGAUGUCUUCUAAUUCAGAUACUCUUUCAAAUGUUCUUGGAAUCAGACAAUAGUUUCGGUAUAGUAGAGUGUUCUUCUCUACGAACGGCCUAACAUCAGAACAAGAUGGGGAAAAAAGAAAAGAAACACAUCCAAAAUGUACUCAAAAACUGCCACAAUCCCACCUGGGCCAUCAAAAAAAGGGGAACAACAAGGAAAAGAGAACAAAGAAAAACUGGAAAUAAAGAACAAAGAGGUCAUGACUUCAGUAUACUGAACCAAUACAGCGGGUCAUGAAAAAACACAAAAGUUAAACCUUAAGUCUUAAAAUCAACCCUAUCAGACCAUUGCAAAAAGAAAUAACCACAUCAUGGACCCGGACAACGGCAAAAUCAUCGGCACAGAAAGUAACAAAUUCAAACGAUGGAUUAAGGAGGCCAUCGAACUAAGGACGAUGCCAAGGAAACCUUCACUGGGGAUGAGGGAGCGUACCUGGGACUCUCUCCUCCAUUAACUGAACCGAUACAGCAGGUCAUGAAAAAACACAAAAUAAACCGAAGAGUUGAACCGCACACAAAAACAAGGCAGUUACUUGUACAUCCAGAAGACAAAGUAGAACAAGACAAGAAAUGCAAUGUCAUUUAUGAAAUCCCGUUUGAAUCUUGUGAAUAAUCCUACAUGGUAGAAACGGGGAGAACAUUCAACACAAAAACAUCAGAAAGAAUCUGAAAAAGACAACUGGAAGAUUUACAAGAAGACUAAAACAAAAAACCCACCAGGAAAUCUGAAAAUCAGCCAUAUCAGAUCAUUGUAAAAUAAAUAACCACAUCAUGGACCGGGACAACGGCAAAAUCAUCGGCACCUCACACAAAAACAAGACAGUUACUUGUACAUCUAAAAGACAAAAUAGAACAAGACAAAAAUGUAAUGAACUUUACAAAAUCUCGUGUGAAUCAUGCUAAUAAAUCCUAGAUGGGAGAAACAGGGAGGACAUCAGAAAGAAUGUAAGAAAGAGACAACUGGAAGGUUUACUUAGUAGGUUAAACUGCUUAGUGGUUAGAGUGUCCGCCCUGAGAUGGGUAGGUCGUGAGUUCCAACCCCAGCCAAGUCAUACCAACGACUAUGAAAAUGGGAGCCAUUACCUCCCUGCUUGCCACUCAGCAUCAAGGCUUGGAAUGGGGGGUUCAAUCACCAAAAAUGCUGCUCACUGCUCCCCUCACCACCCAGGGGAUGAGUCAAAUGCAGAGGACAAAUUUCACCACACUUAGUGUUUGUGUGACGAUCAUUGGUACUUAAUAAUUUACAAGAAGCCUACAACCACAUUUAAUCCAUAUGGACCGAGACAACGGCAAAAUCAUCGGCACAGAAAGUAACAAAUUCAAACGAUGGAUUAAGGAGGCCAUCGAACUAAGGACGCGGCCCAAGGAAACCAUCAAUCCCUCCUCCAUUAACCAUCAAGCGGCGGGGGGGAGGAGCCAACCAGGUAGACUUGACAGGUGAUAGGCAACACAUCAAAGUGGUCAUGUGACCUUAUGUCAGGUAAAAAUUCUAUUUAAUAUAGCGAAAAUAUUGUGUGAUUCCAAGAACAUUUAAAGGAGUAAACACACGUUUUGUUUUGUUUUAGCUCCAAUUCUGUACAUAAAUGAAAUGCUGUAUGUUUAGAGCACUUAUUGUUUUUGUUAUUAAAGAUGCUAACUACUGUGUAGUAUGUACUGAUGUCCAUCUAACACAGCUUCAAAGGUACAUUGUUUUUGUGGGGGGGGGGGGGGGUCGUCCUCUUUAGCUGCGGGGGGCUAAAGAUGGAUUGUCGCUAACAGGCUAGCGCCUGGCGGUAAUGAAUGGCUGAAGGCUCGUGUUGGCGUUUCCCAGACUGCUGACUGCGGAGGUUGUGUAUUGGUAUCGACCCGUCUGGGGAGCGUCGUGCGGGAUCGUCUCCACGAGACCGGGGGGGGGGACGACGACUUGGGGGCACGGUCCAAGUCGUAAUUGAGCCUUGAGAAAGCAGUUUGCUCGCAUCUUUUCCACUCGCCGCCAUCUUUCAUGCCACUAUUCCAACUCUUCUGUCUCACACACACACACACACACACACACACACACACACACACUCACACACACACCGCUCUGGUCUCCACCCCAUCUUUGUAUGAAAAUAAAAGGAAAAAAAAAAAACACAACUUUUGUAAAAUUAUGUUUAUGCUUUAUGAAAUUUUUAUUUGGAAUUGUUUUGCAAAAUUGUUAUAUUUCUGUAUGAAUGUAUUUUUUAUUGGAAUAAUAAGAACUUCUUAUCUGA